GACAUGUAGAGACCUAACCUGUUCAACAAAAAUAGGCUAUAAUCCGUCUUAUUCAUAAGUCUGUGAAAAUUCGUUGGGGUACAAAAUAGCUCAAGAUUGUCGUUCACGUUGCAACUGUCGUAAGAUUUACGGUAGAGAGACGGUAAGAGAUCUCAUCCAAUCAGUAAGGAUAAUAUAUAUGAUGUAAGGCUAUAUGUAAUACGUCGCUGACAGUUAUAUAACUCAAACUUAGUCAGGCGCUGUAGUCAGUCGAGUUCGCAUGCGUACUGACGAAGCGGAACGCUGCUGCAUUUGAAUGUGUGUGCUUAUAUAGUGUCAGAUCAACCAUGGUGAAAUAAUUACCAUUCUGCUAUAUCCGGCAGUUACAUGAGAGGCUAACAAAACAGCGUUCUGAUAAAUUAUAAUAGACCAGAACGAUUAUUACAAGAUCUUUACUUUAAUUUUGAUAAGGUAUUAAUUGCUACGAGCAGUUAAGACGAUCGUUCCCAAAUAUCGUCCAGUGAUUUGAAUUUGAAUCACGGAGAACGCAUUAGCCACGGCAUGAUGGUGACGUUGAUCCUAGUUAUUUUGACUUUGUUACUAGCUUUUAUCACAUUACAAAAACAAAAACGGACGGAGAUAAAUUUUCCACCAGGUCCCUAUCCUUGGCCAUUGAUCGGCAAUCAAUAUUAUUUGAAAAAGUUGAGCCGAAAACUCGGUGGGCAACAAUACGCUUUCCUAGAAAUCUGCAAACGUUACAGCAGCGGUAUCAUUUCUUUACGAUUGGGCGGUAAUAAUAUCAUAGUUGUUUCGGACCACAUGCUUAUUCACGAAGUACUUAGCAAUGAAAAUUACGAUGGACGUCCUUGGAACGAAUUUAUAAAGUUGCGAAACCUGGGUCUGAAGAAAGGAAUCACAAUGAACGACGGCGCGGAGUGGAAGGAAUUACGUAAUUGGACGAUGCGAAAUCUGAGGAAAGUGGGUUUCGCCAGACAAGAAAUGGGAGAAUUACUCGCGGAUGAGCUGACCGUUAUCUUGGAAAAACUGAAGGAAAGCAACGUGCAUACGAUAAAAUUUGUGAUCGCACCGGCUGUGAUAAAUGUCCUCUGGAACUUGCUCGCGGGGCAACAAAUUUGCAACAAUACGAAGCUGCAGCAUUUCAUUGAAAUAUUAGAAUGCCGCGCGAAAGCCUUUGACAUGUCCGGCGGAAUCCUUGCCUCUUUUCCGUGGAUCCGUUACAUUAUGCCUAACGCCAGCGGCUACAAUAUCCUUAUCUCUUUAAACAACGAGCUGAAGCAUUUGUUAAUGACCACCAUUAAUGAACACAAGCAGCAUUACGUUGAGGGAGCAGAGAAGGAUUUUAUUGACUUAUUUCUUCGCGAGAUGAAGGCGCACGAAACCACAAAGACGGAUGUUUCUAUCUUCACAGACGACAAUCUUUUCAUUACACUGGUCGACUUCUUCAUCGCUGGCACUACCAACACAACGUCAACGCUGGAUUUCCUUUUUUUGCAUAUGACCAAGCACCAAGACGUGCAAGAUAUACUGCACAAAGAGAUCGACAAAGUGAUAGGCACAGAGAGAUUUCCAAAUUUGGAGGAUAGGCCCAAAAUGCCCUUCACGGAAGCUCUGCUGACUGAGUGCCAACGUAUGUGGGUCGUUACGCCUAUAAUUGGACCACGACGUGUUCUCGCCGACACGACUCUCGGAGGUUACACGAUGCCGAAGAAUUCCAUCGUUCUUAUGAACAUUUUUGCUAACAACAUGAACCCGGAAUUGUAUCCCGAUCCUACCUCAUUCAAACCGGAAAGGUUUAUGAAGGAUGGUGAUUAUCAAUCGGAUGCUAACCUUAUAACAUUCGGGAAAGGAAAAAGAAGAUGUCCUGGGGAAGCGUUGGCAAAAUCGGCCAUCUUCUUACUGUUCGUCGGUGUGAUGCAAAAAUACCGACUACUUCCGAUAUCAUGUGAAGAAUCCGUCAAGCUGGUAUUGAAUUCCGGCCUAACAAUUUCGCCAAAACCUUACAAAGUUUUACUUGUUCCACGAUAAUAUUAUAUUAUGAACUUGAUAAUCAAAAAUUAAAUUUGAAAAAUUUAAUUUUUACAAAUAUACACAUAGAGUCGAUGCGUAUACAUUUCUCUUCUCUGUAUUUUUCUGAUCAUGAAAUGAAUACGAAAUAUUUUUAAAUAAGUUUUUUUAAUAUUUCACAAAGGGAUUAUGGAAUAA